UGGAACAUGAUGAUGGCAAUAACGAAAAAUUGCGAUAAAAAUGGCGAGCUGUGAUCAAACUACUAGGUUGGCAAUGACUGCAUUACUGCUGCAUCCCACCAAUUCAGUCUCUGUAGUAGUGGAAAACUAUCGAGUCAUCGCGUUGAUGCUACCGAAACCCACAGCAGAUGAGCAACGCCAUUUUACGGAUGCGACAGGAAUCAGGAUGAACUGGCUCAGGGGCCGAGGAAUGGUUGGAUUACGGUCGUGGCAUCGCCGCAUGGGCUGGCAUCGCAUAGCAAGCGCAUGAGUGAAACUUUUUUUUUACCGUAGGCGGCGGGAUGCAAUUAGUUUCGAAAGCGAGAAAGUGAGAAGUUUUUUCUCUCCUGUGGAGUUGGAUUGGAUUGGCAUGUCGCAGGCCAGGGCGGCCAACCCAGGCCAGGGCAGGACAAGUUUACAUUCGAGGCAAGCAAGGCAAGCAAGGCAGGCUCUUAUUAAG